AUGCCGUACGAUGCUCGCGAAAGAGAUGUGGAGCGAUUCUUCGAAGGUUACGGCAGAAUCCGAGACAUUCUGAUGAAGCGUGGGUAUUGUUUCGUUGAGUUCUCGGAUCCAAGAGACGCAGAUGAUGCUGUUUACGAUCUUCAUGGUCGCUCAAUGUUGGGAAUGAGGUAGGUUUUGUUUUUGUUGAUUUUCUAUAAAUUUAGAUGAAGAUGUAUAAUUUUGCGAAGAAACGGAAAAUUUUACAAGCUUUUUUGGUACAUUUAUGCUCAUGAGCUAAAAGUAAAUUUAAUUUAAAGUCACAUUUUGAAGCGGAUUAUUGUAAGCUUUUUAAAGGUCUAUAUAUAGCUUUUUUAAUCAUUUUAGUUUGCUAAUACGAAUUUUAGGGUUGUUGUGGAAGUAGCCAAAGGCCGUCCACGUGGUCGAACUGGGAGACAUCGUUCUCCUUCUCGUUCGCCACGUAGAUCGUCACGCCGUGGAAGAUCAAGAACCCGCUCCCGAUCGCCAAGACGUUCCCGAUCGCCCAGACGUCGUUCCGAUUCCAGAUCAGUUUCCAGAAGCCCGAAGAGAGAAAAGAAGGCGUCCAGAUCACUGAGCCGCACUCCAGCCAAAGACAGUCCUCGUAGUUCCAGAUCUCGCUCUCCUUCUGUGAAAAAGUCUAAAUCGGCAAGCCGUUCUAGAUCCCCAACUCCAAACAACGGAAAGGAUCGUUCAGCUUCGCGUUCUGCAUCUCCUAAGCGUGAUCGUUCAGUUUCAGGCUCGCCACGCUCGGGACGAUCAGCGUCACGUUCUCCAUCUCGUUAA